AUGUACAGCAACUUCAAGGAGCAAGCGAUAGAGUACGUGAAGCAAGCGGUUCAGGAAGACAAUGCCGGGAACUAUGCGAAGGCUUUCCCUUUGUACAUGAACGCGCUGGAGUACUUCAAGACCCACCUCAAGUACGAGAAGAACCCCAAAAUCCGAGAGGCGAUCACCCAGAAGUUCACCGAGUACCUCCGCCGCGCCGAGGAGAUCCGCACCGUGUUGGAUGAGGGCGGGCCCGGUCCUGCUUCCAACGGCGAUGCCGCCGUUGCUACGCGGCCCAAGACGAAGCCCAAGGAUGGGGAAGAUGGGGAGGAUCCUGAGCAGACGAAGCUCAGAGCUGGGUUGAAUUCCGCGAUCAUUAGGGAGAAGCCGAAUAUUAAGUGGACUGAUGUGGCUGGGCUUGAGAGCGCCAAGCAGGCGCUUCAGGAGGCUGUUAUCUUGCCCGUUAAGUUCCCCCAGUUCUUUACAGGCAAGAGACGACCAUGGAAGGCUUUUCUUUUGUAUGGGCCUCCUGGUACCGGAAAGUCUUACUUGGCUAAGGCUGUUGCAACUGAAGCAGACUCUACCUUUUUCAGUGUUUCUUCAUCAGACCUGGUCUCGAAGUGGAUGGGUGAGAGUGAGAAACUUGUAUCAAAUCUUUUCCAAAUGGCCCGUGAAAGUGCCCCUUCUAUCAUCUUUGUCGAUGAAAUAGAUUCGCUGUGUGGACAACGUGGUGAAGGCAAUGAAAGUGAAGCUUCCAGACGUAUUAAGACUGAGCUUCUUGUUCAAAUGCAGGGUGUAGGGAACAAUGACCAGAAGGUUCUUGUUCUUGCGGCCACUAAUACACCAUAUGCCUUGGACCAGGCUAUCAGGCGACGUUUCGACAAGCGUAUUUACAUCCCUCUACCUGAUGCAAAGGCUAGACAGUACAUGUUCAAGGUGCAUCUUGGUGAUACUCCUCAUAACCUGACAGAAAGUGAUUUUGAAAGCUUAGGUCGUAAGACAGAGGGCUUCUCAGGUUCAGAUAUAUCUGUUUGUGUUAAGGACGUUCUGUUUGAGCCUGUUCGUAAAACCCAGGACGCCAUGUAUUUCUUUAAGACACCUAAUGGUAUGUGGGUACCAUGUGGAUCUAAGCAACCCGGUGCAGUGCAAACCACGAUGCAGGAUCUGGCAACCAAAGGAGAAGCCGCAAAGAUACUUCCACCCCCAAUCUCGAAGGCUGAUUUUGACAAGGUCCUUGCCAGACAGAGGCCCACAGUGAGCAAAUCCGAUCUAGAGGUUCAUGAAAGAUUCACAAAGGAGUUUGGAGAGGAAGGUUAA